CGGACCCGCCGCGUCCCGGGCCCGGGCCGGGGCCGCCGCACGGAACAGGAAGUGUCGCCGGGAGCCGGGAAAGGCUCGGCGGGGCUGAACGGAGCCCGAGCCCAGCGAGGCCCCUCCCCGAGCGGCCGGCGGAGGACGAUGGGGGCGGCCGGGCUGCUGUGGGCCCUGCUGGGGGCCCUGCUGCUCCCGCCGGUGGCUGCAGAUGAGGGGAUCCUGCACGCCUCUGGGAGCGGGCUGCCCCCUGUGACUAAGGAUUACUGCAUCAUUUACAAUUCUAAGUGGACAUCUCUUCCAAAAAGCCUGGACAAUGCUACUUUCAGGACUCUGGAAAACCUGACUUCCACAGUCCUCUGCAGUUCCUCUGAAGUUCCUUCUGGCAUCAUGAAGGACAAAGCAGUUGUAGUGAUGAGAGGAAACUGCACCUUUCUGGAGAAAGCAAGAAUUGCACAAAGUUUGGGUGCUAAAAUGCUGUUGAUUGCCAGUAAAUCCAGGCUGUCUGCUAUUUCAGAUAACAAGACUGAUACUGAAGAUGUGACUCUUCCAGUUGCUCUUAUAAGAUACAAUGACAUAGUAGAUAUGCAGCUGACACUUGGAAAUGAAGUUAAUGUGACUCUGUAUUCACCACCUUUGCCAGAGUUUGAUUACAGCAUGGUUGUCAUCUUCCUCAUUGCUGUGUCUACAGUGGCACUGGGAGGCUACUGGAGCGGAGUAGCAGAACUGGAGAAUCUGAAAGCAAUUGCAAGUCCAGGGGAGAGAGAAACCAGACGGAAGAAGGAGGAAAAUGUUACCUUCACCCCUUUAACAGUUAUCUUUUUUGUUGCCAUCUGUUGUGUCAUGCUGGUCUUACUUUAUUUCUUCUACAAGUGGUUAGUGUAUGUUAUAAUAUCAGUCUUCUGCUUGGCCUCUGCAAUGAGUCUGUACAACUGUCUGGCAGCACUAGUAGGAGAAAUCCCAUUUGGGCAGUGCAGGAUCACAUGUUGUAACAAAACCAUUGAAGUGAGGCUCAUUUUUCUUGCUGUGUUCUGCACAGCAGCAGCUGUUGUCUGGGCAGUGUUUCGAAAUGAAGACAGGUGGGCUUGGAUUUUGCAAGAUAUUUUGGGAGUUGCCUUCUGCCUAAACUUCAUUAAAACACUGAAAAUGCCCAACUUUAAGUCCUGUGUAAUACUUCUAGGCCUUCUCCUUCUAUAUGAUGUGUUUUUUGUCUUCAUAACACCAUUUAUCACGAAGAAUGGGGCAAGUAUAAUGGUUGAAGUUGCAGCUGGUCCCUUUGGAAACAGUGAAAAGAGUGAUGGAAACUUGGUGGAAGUCCCUACUGAACGCUCAGCUCCCCAUGAGAAAUUACCUGUGGUUAUUAGAGUGCCUAGACUUGAACACUCUGCAUCGACACUGUGUGACUUGCCAUUUUCCUUGUUGGGUUUCGGAGACAUUAUUGUCCCAGGGCUUCUGGUUGCCUAUUGUCGAAGAUUUGAUGUUCAAACAAGUUCAUCUUCUGUAUACUACAUUUCCUGCACAAUAGCUUAUGCUGUUGGUAUGGUGCUGACUUUCAUUGUUCUGGCAUUAAUGAAGAUGGGACAACCUGCCCUUCUCUAUCUUGUACCGUGUACACUCAUCACCAGCUCUCUUGUUGCCUGGAGGCGCAAAGAGAUGAAGAAGUUUUGGAAAGGAAGCAGUUACCAGGUAUCGGACUCAUCCAGGACGCCUUUGCUACAAGAUGAUGGAACACCUGGAUUACACAGGAAAUGAAGAAAGCACAGCAUCAGCCACUGAACACCCUGGAGGACAAUAACAUGUGGGAUCCUGAUUCAAAAUGACAUUUGAAUUUUCAACAAAUGAAUUACACUAAAUUUGAUGAAAUUUUACAAGAGUGUUUCCUACUCUGUGUAAAAGGGUUUUUUUAUCCCUGCACCUAUAUUUUUAUGGAAAAUAUUGUUAAGGACAUAAAAGUAAUCAAAAUAGACUUGCAUUUUUACAGCCAAACCAUAGCUAGUAAAACCGUGCCUUAUUUCGAUUUAAAUAAAAGGAUCUUUUCUAUGCAAUUUUCCAACUGUGUUUCUAUACAGUAUAUUUUUGUACAAGUUGCUUGCCCAUAUCGGUUUGAUGCAUGAAUUGUUUUUUUAAAUCUUGGAUUGACUAGUCAAGUUUCUUUAAAAGAAAACACAGUGUCUUUCCUAGGGUUUCUUUCCAGAUUUUGAAUGCACCGUUGGAUUGUAAUGCAACUAUAGCAACUGAAGAAUGAAAUUAUAGUUCCAUUACUACAAAUAAUCCAAUAGGCAGUGUGUGUGUGUCUAUGUAAGCCAUAAAAUCAAUACCAGGGCAAAUUUAGCAUGGGGUUGUGAGCUCUUCCUCCCUCCCCCCUGCCCCUUUGUAUCACUGGCUUAUGCCUUAACUGUGAAAAUUGCUAAGCUUGGGUGCAAGUCUUUGGAUUGUAUACAUCACCAAUCAUAUAAAAAAUAAAAUAAGGGGAGGGAAAUGGUCCUGAAAACUUCUGUGCAGCUGGAAUAGUUGACAAACACGAUGGUGCAAAAGGCAAGAGGGUUUUUUGCUCAAUAAAUGCUAUUUUGGGGCGUGGUGUGAAAUGUUAACUCUGGCCUGGUUCUUCUCCUGGUGAAGAGUAGGUCUGUACUAGGUCUGUAUUCGUGGUCUUCGUUUGGCUGUGGAUCAGUUCAAAGGGAUGGAGGAAAACAGGACAGAAAUUUUUUUUUUUUUUUACCUUUUGCAUCUGCACCAUACUUUUUUUAAAACUGUUUUUUAAAAUUCUUUGCAAUUGAUAGACAAAACAGGUUUGAAUAGUGAUAGUAGUGCCUGUGUUAGUGAAAGCCAAUGCAUGUGUUUAACUCGUUUAAUCUUGUUUUAGCUCUUAAAGACUUGGAAAAGGAUAAAUAGUUUAAAUCAUUAUUUGCAUUUAGAAGAGUCUGAGUCUAUUUGACACUUGUUCUUUUUUUCAGGAAACUGCAAAUUGAGGGGGAUUAGGCAUAAAAAAUUUGUAUAACUGUAAUGCUAACAACCUCACACCAAAGAAAACUGGAGAAGGCAACAACCUUGGGAGACCAUUGAGUUCACUUAGUGCUAAAGUCAGGUAGUUAUUAAAGCAUUUUUCCUAUUCUUUGAAUGAAUGGUCAUUCCUAUAGCCAGCACAGGUUCAAGAACCCUGGGAAAACAACCGAGUAAGCACAUGCUGGGCAGAGGCACUGAAGACUUUCCUGCAGUGCCUCAUGCAAGUGCCUCCCUGUUUGUCUGAAGGUCACCUCUGGACAUUUAUAGUUAAUUUGGGGCACUUCAGCUCAGGAAAACUUACCCAGAUUAAAUCUGGUUUAGCUAGAUUUACUGUGAAAGUAUGCUAAUUAAGGCACUUGUAAAUCUAUAUUGGCAGUUAACAAAGGCUUACUGCAAAUUCGCAGCUUUAUGUAAUUUAUAUCAAGUUUAAACUUUUGUUUGCGAGAGUGAGGAGCAGACAGACUGACAACCUGGAUGUCAGUCGUGUCCAUUCACACGGAUUGACCGUGGUGCCAGUUGAUACGGGUAAGAUAAACACCUUGUUUGCAGCUUCCCUAAGGAAACAGGAAUUACAAGCCGUUUUUGUAUGUUAGCAGUUCCCCUCCUUGAUUUGAGCUUGAACUGACAGCCUCAGAAUGCAAUGGUCAUCUUCAGUUUUUGUUUGACUGGCGUGUCAUAAAUUACAGCAUACCUCAGUGUUCCAAUAGCAGACUGAAAAUGUGUCUUCUGAUGUGUUGUCGUGCUCUUUGACAUGCCCAGUAUCUGCCAAAGUUCAGUGGUUUUGAAGAAGUUUCUGAAAAUUCCUGAAGCAGAUAAAGAAGUCAUAACUCAUUCAAAGUCAUGCAGCCUUCAGAAGCUUCACAAACCUAUGUUAUAUGACUUCUUUAUCUCUUUGAAAUCUUCUGCGUGGAGGAUUUAUUAAAUUUUCAACUAUAAUUGAUAAUGAAAUUAGUAUAAAUAAAGACUUUUGGCAAUGUAAAUGUGUUCAGCAGCUGGCUGUGGAAGCUGUGUCUUGUUCUGUGCCUAAUAAUGCUCCAUGCCUGAUCAUGCCUGAGGUUUCACACACGUGCUGCAGUUUAAUGGGGUGUAAACUAACCUUUUCCUUUCAAAUGCUUAGGUGCUUUGUUUACAAAAAUUAAAAUGGAGUUUAAAAUUUUAUAUAAAUAGUAGGUUAGUAUUGACUACUGAAAUGAGGUUUUUUAAGUUCGAUAGAACUGAUUGCAACACUUCUAGCAAUUUUGAAUGUUUUUAAUAUUAAAUUUGGUUGAGCUAAACACUGUUAAAAGCCUUGUUAGUCAUCCUUUAGUAGAAAAAUCUUACUACCUUCUCAUUGUAUGUUUACUGACAACAACCUCCUUCCUUAUGGCUCUUUAAGUUAUCACCUUAAGAAUGUUAUUAAUAAAUGUUAC